UUUUGGAUGGAUCCUUCUUCUCCGUGGCCCAUCUGCAGAAACCGACUAGAUCCUCCUUACAAUCAAAAGCCCAAAUCUUGAGGGUCGAAGGCCUCAUACGAUGAUCUUCAGAAGAAACCAAGUAGAGGGCUGUGUAACUUCCACUGCGUAGAGGUAGUGAUUCCAACUCCGACAUGAAGUUCACAGAUUCUCCGGUAAUAGACCUUCCGGUGGGCGGCGCCGCCCUUUCCUUUCAGCAGGACAACGGUUCAAUGCACGUCGGCACCUCCGUCUGGCCCUGUUCUCUUGUCCUCGUCAAAUUCAUCGAUCGAUGGGCCUCAAUUACCCCCACAGAAAACCCUUACUCCUCUCUCCUCGAUUUCCGAGGCAAACGCGCCGUCGAGAUCGGCUGUGGAUGCGGUGUCGCCGGAAUGGGCCUCUACCUCCUAGGUCUCACCGACAUACUUCUCACCGAUAUAUCUCCGGUGAUGCCGGCGCUCAAACAUAACAUUAAACGGAACAAGACGAUUCUCAAAAAAGCCCUAAAACACUCUGUUCUUUACUGGAACAACCCCGCUCAAAUCGCCGCCCUUAAUCCGCCGUUUGAUUUCGUCAUUGCUACUGAUGUCGUUUACAUUGAGGAAACGGUUGGCCCACUCAUUUCCACCAUGGAGGCGCUGAUUGGGAACAAUGGUGUCGUUCUGUUGGGAUACCAAUUGAGGUCGCCGGAAGCGGAUAAACUGUUCUGGGAAAUGUGUGAUAAGGCUUUUCAAAUUGAAAAGAUUCCACAUGAAGAUUUGCACCCAGAAUUUGCCUAUGAGGAGGCUGAUGUUUAUGUUCUGAGGAAGAAAAAGGAGGAAACGGCAUCGGGGAGCUGAUGGGUAUGAGUAAAUUUUCCCUGUUACAUCUUUUAUGUUCUUAGCUUAUAGCUUAUUUAGACAUGUUUGAUCUUUGAUAUACAACGGUUCUGUUGGAUUCUUGAGUUGAAUAUGCAAGUGUUGUAUGAUUUCCUGGCUGAAAUUUGUCUUCUGAAAUUGAAUUGUUACAGAGCAUAUGUUGAAGAACAGUGAUUGUAUUGCCUGUUUAACAAUUGGGCCUUUAUGUACAUAUCAAAGUCUCUUGAAAGAACA